AUAGUGUGCAGUCAGUACUGCAAGAUGGUGCCACUCUGUUGGUUCAUACUGUUGCUCUGUCUUUCUGCCAAUGCAGAGAACAUUGCAGUGUACCGAGAGUCUGGCGAAAACGUCACCUUGGAGUGUUCCUCUGCAGGAUGUCCCAGCAGCAUUGAAGCGUAUAGUGGGAUGUAUCAGUAUCAUGAUUAUAAGGAGCGGGAAGAGGUGUUUUUCUAUUACUCCAUUCCAGGAUCACCUGACAAAAUCACCCCGAGAGAGAGAUAUAAAAACAGGAUUCAGACAAACGGAUCUCUUAAGAACCUCUCUGUCACCAUCAACAACCUGACAGUGGAUGACUCUGGUUUCCACAGCUGUGUCUACAAAAACAUUGCCAUUGGUGAACUCCAAUGCAAUGUCUACACACUUCUUGUAAUAGGAGUGGCACCAUGUUACAGAUCAGAAAUAGUGCCUCUUGCCCCUGCCAACGAGAAAACUCUCACUCUGGUGUUAAUCAUCAUCGCUGCCUGCGCCAUCAGCACACUGGUAACCAUGAUCUUCAUCCUGGUGAUCGUCCCGAGGGUGAAACAAUGUACCUGCAGCAGAAGAACAACAACGGUCCCGCAGACCUCCAAUGAUUAUUUGUAUGAAGUUAUGACCAAGAAUGGCCUCUGCCCUUCAGCAACUCCAUCGUAGUCACCGCCAAGCCCAUAUGAUUUUGCUUAGCAUUGCAGAUAAAAAAUUAUUGGCUUGAUGGCCAUCUUUCUCUUGAGAGUUGGUUUACUUUUUUGACUGUUGCUUGAUUGAACUUUUUAAGUGAUGUCAACGAACAUACAUGAGACAAAAUGUAAUAUAUAUAACAUGUUAUUAAACCUCCUUAAGUGUU